AUGCUUCUUUCUGAAAACAGUCACUAUCGCGAUCACCACGAUAUCUUCACGGCAGGAAACCUGAGGGCAUUGGGGUUUUUCGCGUCCGAACCUAUCCAGAAGCUUCGCAAUACAGCCCCACAAUUGGUGAUGGACUCGACAUUUGGAACUAACAGUGGCGGGAUGGAUCUAUUCGCGGUAUUAGCUGAAGUUGAAGGUACCGGUGUUCCGCUUGCAUAUUGUCUGGUCGAGCUGCUAAAGCCCCCGCAGGCCAAUUUAGCCGAGGGGAAACCCGUCCGUGCGGAUCCUGGGGCGAUGACAUACAUUAUUCAACAAUUUCUGGAGCGACUGAAAAUUUUCGGAUUCAAUCCGAGAUGCGUCGCGGUUGAUAAGGAUCCUUCCGAACUUGCAGCGGUCACCACCGUAUGGCCUGGGGUCAAAGUUCAGCUUUGCUACUGGCAUGUCAAGCGGGCCGUAGGUACGAAACUCAAUUCGUCCAAAAGCACCAACACCCAAAAUCAUUACCGGCCCGAGGAGGCUCAAAAGCUGAUUCCAGACUUGGAGAUCUGCUGGGGUUCGCUACCGGUCCGCCGACCGGUGAGCCAUAGAUUUGGCGAUUGCUCAUGCCCGUCAAAGGGUGAGAAAAUCAGUGAAAUGGGGAGACUUGAGCCCGCCACGAAGGAGGACCGUGACACGGUUCUGGAGAUUUUCUGCCGAUAUUUUAACCUCCAUCCUCUUAUCCCUGAUUCUAACGGCACUUACAAGUGCUCGACAACUUUGCAUCGUAAAUGUGCGGCAGAGAUACAUACCUGGUGUAAGGCCCGAGGGUAUUACCGGCUUUGGGCUUAUCUGUAUGUCAACUGGUACUGCCCUAACCAGUGGAAGUUGUGGGCACGGGCUGCUGACUCUACUGAGAUCCCGGUGGUGAAGACAACAAUGAUCGUGGAGUCGCAUUGGCGAACACUGAAGCACGACUAUCUUCAUCGAUUCAAUCGGCCGCGAGUUGACCUGGUGGUGUGGGUCUUGGCAUCGCGAGUUCUCCCAGAUGCUAUCCAUCGAAUGAAAGCUAUUUCCAGUGGGCAGUUCCGCAUAUUCAAAGCUCGAUGGAGAGAGGCAUUUAAGAAGCAGUGGCGAAGAGAGGCCUCUAAAACCGUCGACCCCGACAAGUUGAAGGAAUACCACACAAGUCCGGUCAACUGGGUUUGUUCAUGCAAAUCCUUCCUGCACAGUCGCUUCCUUAUCUGCAAACACAUUGUUCAUUGUUUUGAGUCACCUAGUCCGGACUUUUUUGAAACUGUUAGUCGUCAGACGGUCUAUCCUUUCUGGAAAGAUGAACGAUUGGUUCUGCUACCUGAGUUUGCGUCGAGAGAGGGACUCCGCACUCGGAAGUUGCAUGGAAACAUCGAAAUGCAAGACACCACCCUCGCGUCACCAUUAGACUCCUCAGGAAGUGAGUCGGAGCAGGAUGAGGAGGAUGACCAAGAGGCUGUACCUCUGGAAAUCCAGGUCGCAGAAUUCAGAACAGUGAUGCAGGAAGCGAUAGAAAUUUUUGAGGAUCAAGUGGCGAAAGGAAAUGAGAAGUUUGUGGAAAGAUUCAUAGCAUCUAACCAGAUUAACCGUACUUUGGUGGAGGAAGUUAAGCACCGUCGUAAUAUGCGCAGUAUGCCACGGACUUGGGGAAGAUGCAAACACCCAGCGACAAUGUACUUCAAAUGA